AGAAAAGGAAAGAGAAAGAAAGACGCAACACGUUGAAUUUGUGAAACCUCAUCUCUCUCUCUCUCUAUCUCCACGACUCCGUCUGGACCUAAAACAGAGAAACCCCAACCCUAAUCUCUCUCUCCGCCCUCUCUCUCUAAAUUCAUGGAUUGAUUCAUCGUGUUUGAGCGGAUCUCUGUCUCCGUGUGCAUCCGCUGUAGGUUUGAUGUUGAAGGGAGAGUUGUAAGCAGCAUCGAAGUGUUUUAUGGAUCAUGAUAGUACAGAUGGAUAAAAUGUCUGCUCCACCACGGGAGAUUGCACAACGCCUUCAUGAAAAGAACAUUGAGCUGGAUAGCAGGCGAAGGAAGUCUGCCCAGGCACGAGUUCCGUUAGAUCCCAAUAUCUGGCAGCAGAUGCGUGAGAACUAUGAAACUAUAAUUCUUGAGGAUCAUGCAUUUUCGGAGCAACACAAUAUUGAGCAUGCCUUGUGGCAGUUGCAUUACAAGAAAAUUGAGGAAUUAAGAGCGCACUACAGUGCUGCUCAGGCUUCUGUUCAGGGUGGCAAGGGACCUGCAAGGCCAGAUCGGAUCGCAAAAAUAAGAUUGCAGUUUAAAACCUUUUUGUCUGAAGCAACUGGGUUUUACCAUGAUUUGAUAAUGAAAAUCAGAGCAAAGUAUGGUCUCCCACUUGGAUAUUUCUCUGAGGAGUCGGAGAACAGGAUUGUCAUGGAGAAAGAUGUUAAGAAAUCUGCUGAGAUGAAGAAAGGCUUAAUAUCAUGUCACCGCUGUUUGAUAUACUUGGGUGACCUUGCACGUUACAAAGGAUUGUAUGGAGAGGCUAACUCCAAAUCUCGUGAGUAUACUGCAGCUUCAAGUUACUAUCUGCAGGCAGCAUCUCUUUGGCCAUCAAUAGGAAAUCCCCAUCAUCAGCUGGCAAUUUUGGCUUCUUAUUCCGGGGAUGAUUUUCUGACUGUGUACCGAUAUUUCCGGAGUCUGGCAGUGGACAACCCCUGUUCAACUGCAAGGGAUAACUUGAUCGUGGCAUUUGAAAAGAAUCGUCAGAGCUUUGCCCAACUGCCUGGUGAUAUUAAAGCUCCCGUAGUGCGCUUAACUGGUAGGAGACAAGGGCGGGAAGUCAAACUCGCAUCUAAAGAAAAUGAUGCUGAAGCUGGUUCUUUAAAGGAUAAGACAUCCAGCACUCCUGAUGCCUUCAAAUCUUUCUGCAUUCGGUUUGUUCGUCUGAAUGGUAUUCUGUUUACACGAACAAGCCUGGAGACAUUUGCAGAGGUUCUCUCCUUGGUUAGUCUGGGUCUGUAUGAGCUUCUUUCUUCUGGAAAAGAAGAGGAGUUGAAAUUUGGAGCAAAUGCUCGUGAAAUUGCACUUUUCUUUGUAAGGCUAGUUGCCAUUCUCAUAUUCACUGUUCAGAACUCGAAAAAGGAAAAUGAAGGUCAGACCUAUGUUGAAAUUGUUCAACGGGCCGUCUUACUCCAGAAUGCAUUCUCUGCUGCUUUUGAGAUUGUGGGCCUUCUGUUGGAGAGAUGCGAGCAAUUGCAAGAUCCGUCGUCAAGUUACCUUUUACCAGGUGUGUUGGUCUUUGUGGAAUGGUUGGCUUGCUGUCCGGAUGUUGCAUCUGGGAGUGAUGCAGAUGAAAAGCAAGCCAUGUGCAGAUCCAACUUCUGGGCCCAUUUUGUUUCAUUAACAAAUAAGCUCUUAUCUACUGGUUCAAUAUCUGUCGAGGAUAAUGAAGAGGAGACCUGCUUUUACAACAUGAGCAGAUAUGAAGAAGGAGAGAAUGAGAAUCGGCUUGCUUUGUUGGAAGAUUUUGAGUUGAGAGGAUUCCUGCCUCUUCUUCCUGCGCAAACUAUCCUGGAUUUUUCUAGGAAGCACUCUUUCGGGGGUGACGACCAAAAGGAGCGAAGUUCUCGAGUUAAAAGGAUACUUGCAGCUGGGAAAGCUCUGCUUGGGGCAGUUAAAAUCGACCAGAAGUCAGUUCAUUAUGAUGCAAGGGAAAAGAAGUUCGUCGUGGGUGCUGAGCCUCCUCGGAGGUCUGAGGAUUUUGAUCUCCCUGACAAUUCGAUCAUGCCACCUGCAAAUUCGAUGAUGUUGGAAAGCAAACCGGAGAGAGCUGUAAAUUCAGGACUUCUAUGUCCAAAUUCGCACUCGCAUAUGGAAUUUGAGGAGGAGGAUGAAGUGAUUGUUUUCAGGCCAACAGUUGCUGAAAAGCCAGCAGAUGUUCAUAUUUCAAGCUCCUUGCCCUCUAAUGGACUGGAACCUGGUAUAAGUUUAUCUGGCAAUCAUAAGCCAAUCUAUGGAACUUCUGUUUCGGGUCCCCCGGAGAAUGUUUGGCAGCAGGCUGCUUCUGAUGCUUUUCUAGCAAAAGCUGCAUCUAUUCAGAAUGCAAGUCCUGUCCCCCAACACUUGCAACCUGUUGAAGUUAUUCCUAAUUGGUUAUUGGAAGAAGAAUCUUCUAUUGCUAACAGCUUUCAAGAUUUGAGGUUGAUGGAGAAUGGACAUGGGAUCAAGUCUGAGGGACAAAAUAUUGGCAACUUCCAUCCUGCUGCAGUUUUGGACCCAACCCCACAAUCUGCCAUUACUAACAGUAUGAACAUGUUUUAUAGUCAGUCAAAAGCUCCUGAACCUGUUUUGCCUACUUCCAGGAUUGGUGCUGUUACGUCCAUCGGAUUUAUUGCCGAGAAUUUGGCCGUGAAGACAUCUGCCUCUCCUCCGCCAGGGUUGAAAAAGAAUCCUGUAUCUCGGCCAGUUAGGCACGUGGGCCCGCCGCCUGGGUUUGGUCCUGUUCCUAAACAAGCUAGCGGACCCAUUACUUCUUUAGACGUUACUUCUGAAGACCCAAUAAAUGAUGAUUAUAGCUGGUUGGAUGGGUAUCAGAUGCCGCCUCCUGGGAAGAGCAUUGGGCUCAGCAACUCUAUUGCAUUUUCAUCUCAAGCAAACUCUCAGUACGUCAGUGGCAGUACAGGCUUAACUGGGGCAGUUGGCUUCCCCUUUCCUGGGAAGCAAGCUCCAAUUAAUCAAUUUCAGAUGGCGAGAGAGAAUGGCCAACAGGAUUAUCCAAGUAUUGAUUAUGUUAAGCUGCAGCAGGAGCGACAUAUGUUGCAAGCAAAUGGAAUGCUUACCGGGAAUCAUGAGAUUGCUCAGCCCGAGCAGUACCAAGGAUCAGUCUGGGCAGGUCGAUAUUUCGUGUGAGAUUGCUAUGAUGGAAAUUGUUGAGUGAUUGUGGAGGGUGCAGUCAUCCUUUUGCUACCAUAAUCGAGCUCCAGAUAUGCCGGCUUCUCAUUGUUGAGUAUCUUGUUGGAGAAUGGAUGGCCUUGGCUUCUUGCUGGCACUUUGGUACUGAACAAUAGGUUUGCCCGCUCUUCAACUCGGGAGAUGGGUCUUGGAACAUCUGGGUUAUGGUGAAAAAGUUCGGGAAGGAGUGCCUCAUCUGGGUUACAAUGGAGAUAUGUUAUGCUGUGUAAGAUUGGUCAUCAGCUAGUUUGAGCAUCACGUCUCAACGGGUUUGUGGAAUAAGUGAUGGUGUCCGAUGCUAUCUUAAGCCGCUUCUGCACUUAAUAGUCUAGCUGUGUUCUGAUGUGUCAAAUCUUCAUUAGCUGCCUGCAGCUGGUGAGGAUGGCUAAUGUAUAUAACAAGGUGGGCUUCGUGUCUGCACUAGAGCGGGAGAUCCUCUGGAGCUUGCCCCGUGUAUAUGGGGGUAUCACUGCGAGGGGCAAACAUAAGUUUGGCUUUAGCGUGAUGCGCUUUAGCCUAUUGUGUCCAUGAAGAUUUCCAGCGUGCAAACGGGAAGUCUCUCGUCUAGUUACGUGUCAGAUAUACUGAUAUCGUUCCUUAUCUAUAGUGUUGCAUUUACUUUCAUCUCGUGUCGAUUAUGACAAUGUGUUGCCUGAACUACCUUUUGAAUAAGUUGCCACUGGGUGUUGUGUCCUUAAGUGUGAUACACUGAGUGGAAUCUCAUGUUUAUAUUCGGUUA